CGUGGAAAACCUGCCCAAAAAAAAAAAAAAGCCAACGUCCGUUUCUCCUACAUUUCCGUUUCAAAAUUCCACAAAAUAAAGCCGCACCGUGGAAUGGUUUACCAGAUCUCUACGCAUCUUUCUUUCUCCCCCCAUCCGCCUUUUCAUCUUUGAUUGAAAAAGAUGGGGCUGUCAUUCACCAAGCUCUUCAGUCGCCUUUUUGCUAAGAAAGAGAUGCGCAUUCUUAUGGUCGGUCUUGAUGCGGCUGGUAAAACCACAAUCCUGUACAAGCUCAAAUUGGGUGAAAUUGUCACCACUAUUCCCACCAUUGGGUUCAAUGUGGAAACUGUUGAGUACAAGAACAUCAGCUUUACUGUAUGGGAUGUGGGAGGUCAGGACAAGAUUCGACCGUUGUGGAGGCACUACUUCCAAAACACUCAGGGUCUUAUCUUUGUGGUUGACAGCAAUGAUCGAGAUCGUGUUGUUGAAGCAAGGGAUGAGCUUCAUAGGAUGUUGAAUGAGGAUGAAUUAAGAGAUGCUGUGCUGCUUGUGUUUGCUAACAAACAAGAUCUUCCAAAUGCAAUGAAUGCUGCUGAAAUCACAGACAAGCUUGGCCUUCAUUCUCUUCGACAGCGUCACUGGUAUAUUCAAAGCACAUGUGCAACAUCAGGGGAAGGACUAUAUGAGGGAUUAGACUGGCUUUCAAACAACAUAGCAAACAAGGGUUAGUGCAACAUGGAAGAGCUUUGGUUACUUCGGUAUGAUUGCAUCAGUUUAAUCUUUGACCAUCGGUGUGGAACACCUUUAUCUCCUUCAGUUGUAGGGUUUGGUGUUUUGGUUUUUGUGUUGAGAUAUUGCGGCGAGAGUUCAGUUUCUCGCAUUCAUAAAUAACCCUUUACUUGCUUUUUUACGGUAUUUUGUAUGAAAUAACACCCCGUUGCAGUCCAUUAAAUUUGGUUUUGUGAAGUCUGGCAUCUCGUGAUUUUUGUACAUGCAAUUGAUUUAGUGCAGUUUUGUUGUGGAAAUGAUUGUUUUGGAUCUCCCAAAAAAUAGGCUUGUUUGGU